AUGGCAUCCCGCACCCAGACUCUGCGGGACCGUCAGAUAGCUUCUAUUGAACGCAUACUGAGCCUGAACCACGACCACGAAUCUAUCUCAAAUGGCGAUGUCACAGCCAGUCCUCCAGCUGCCUCACUUCUCAACGAGAAUGGGGAACCAAUAUGGAAGGUUCUUGUGUUUGACAAUCUUGGACGAGACAUAAUCAGCAGUGUCCUACGCGUCAAUGAUCUGCGGAGUAAGGGAGUAACAAUACAUCUAAACAUAAACUCACCUCGCUAUCCCAUACCAGACGUGCCUGUCCUGUAUCUCGUCGAACCCACCCCCGUCAAUAUCCAGCUCAUAUGCUCUGACCUUGCCCGCGGCCUCUACUCUCCAGCCUAUGUCAACUUCAUCUCCUCGAUAUCUCGGCCACUCCUGGAAGAAUUUGCCGCUCAGAUCGCAUCCACAAAUACAGCAGAUUCCAUCGCCCAAGUGUACGACCAAUACCUGAAUUUUGUUGUCGCUGAACCCGACUUGUUCAGUUUGGCAAUGGGAAAAGAGUCGUAUUGGACCUUUAAUAGUGCCAAAGCAGAGGCUGAGGCCCAGGAUGCAGCCAUAGACAGGAUUGUGAGUGGGCUGUUCAGCGUCAGCGUCACAAUGGGAUCGGUGCCCAUUAUACGAUGCCCUCAGACAGAGCUGGCUAAGAUGAUCGCCACCAAGCUGGACAGGAAACUAAGAGAUCAUGUCCUCAACUCGAAAGAUAACUUGUUCUCGUCAAAAGGCUCCGCAGCCAAUCUAUACUCUGCACCCUCACGACCUGUUCUGAUAAUUCUUGACCGGAACAUCGACCUGGUUCCGAUGCUAUCUCAUUCAUGGACAUACCAGUCCUUGGUACAUGAUGUCCUGAAAAUGCACCUCAACCGAAUCACGGUGGACGUUGCCGACGAAGGAGAUCCGACCACAAAGCCCCGAGCUUAUGACCUUAACGCGAGCGAUUUUUUCUGGGCGCGCAAUGCAAGCGCUCCCUUUCCACAAGUCGCAGAAGACAUCGACAAAGAACUCACAAAGUACAAGACGGACGCGGAGGAGGUGACGAGGAAAACAGGCGUGAAUAGCAUCGAAGAUCUCAACGACAGCUCAGCCUCCGCAGCUCACUUGAAAGCAGCAAUAACACUGUUGCCCGAGUUGCGAGAGCGCAAAGCAACGCUGGACAUGCACAUGAACAUCGCGACCGCACUUCUCAAGGGCAUCAAGGACCGCCAACUUGACAACUUCUUCCAGUUGGAAGAGACCAUCACCAAACAAACUGCUGACCAAAUGCUCAGUCUCAUCAAGUCGGACGAUAAGGGCAACAACCCGUUAGACAAGCUGAGAAUAUUUAUCAUCUGGUACCUUAGCGUCGAUAGGGAGCCCUCAAAAUCCGAGCUAUCAGAAUUCGAGUCUGCACUCACGGCUGCUGGCGUAGGCGAUGCCGUGACGGCAAUAAAACACAUCUCCAACGUACGUCUGGAGACGCGAGGGACAAUGAUGAGCUCCACAGCACCAUCUCAGCAACAGCCGUCAUCCCAGGCGCCAUUAUUUGGCGGCCUCUCCUCACUCUCCAAGAAUUUCACCGAAAAGCUCUCCUCCACAGCUCUCGGGAACACAUUUAGCAACGUCAACCUCGAAGCUCUCGUGUCCGGAGUCAAAAACUUUCUCCCCGCGAACAGGGAUCUAACGGUGACCAAGAUCGUAGAGUCGAUCAUGGACCCGCCCGCCGCGAGUUCCAGUGCGAUCGCCAUGACGGAGGGAUAUCUAUAUUUUGAUCCGAGGAGUGCACAUGCUAGAGGUAUACCUGGGACAGCGAGCGGCUCGACUCCGCCGUCGAGAGACAGCAAGGGAGGUCCCGCUAGCCAGUCCGGGGGUGCAGGUGUGAAUCCCAGCUUUGGCCAAAGGAGACAAGGAUAUACAGAGGCAAUUGUCUUCACUGUGGGAGGAGGCAGUAUGGACGAGUACGGCAAUCUGCAGGACUGGGUCAAGAGGACGAGCGGCUUAGGAGCCACCGGGGGGUCAGGAGUCGGCGCCAAUGCUCCUCGGGCGAGGAGGGUCGUCUACGGGAGCACCGAACUGGUCAAUGGCGAGGACUUUUUGUCCGAGUUGGUGAGACUGGGCCAGGAACUCUAG